CUCUCCCUCUCUCUCCCUCUCUCUCUCUCUCUCCACUCCCCCUCUCUUCCCCACUCGCCUCCACUCCCCCCUUGCGCCCACAGCCUUUGGUGUUGAUUCCAGCGGGAAGAGGGGGUGGGUGGGAUCGAGGGGGACCAUGACCUCCAGCUACGGGCACGUUCUGGAGCGGCAGCCGGCGCUGGGCAGCCGCUUGGACAGCCCGGGCAACCUCGACACCCUGCAGGCCAAAAAGAACUUCUCCGUCAGUCACCUGCUAGACCUGGAGGAGGCCGGGGACAUGGUGGCGGCGCAGGCAGACGAGAGCGUGGGCGAGGCGGGCCGGAGCCUGCUGGAGUCUCCGGGUCUCACCAGCGGCAGCGACACCCCGCAGCAGGACAAUGAUCAGCUGAACUCAGAGGAGAAAAAGAAGAGAAAGCAACGAAGGAACAGGACAACCUUCAACAGCAGUCAGCUGCAGGCUUUGGAGCGUGUCUUUGAGCGGACACACUACCCUGAUGCUUUUGUGCGAGAAGAUCUUGCCCGCCGGGUGAACCUCACUGAGGCCAGAGUGCAGGUGUGGUUUCAGAACCGAAGAGCCAAGUUCCGCAGGAAUGAAAGAGCCAUGCUGGCCAAUAAAAACGCUUCCCUCCUCAAAUCCUACUCAGGAGAUGUGACUGCUGUGGAGCAGCCCAUCGUACCUCGUCCUGCUCCCAGGCCCACCGAUUAUCUCUCCUGGGGGACAGCUUCUCCGUACAGAUCCUCGUCCCUCCCAAGAUGUUGUUUACACGAGGGGCUUCAUAACGGAUUCUAACGGAAGACACUGAAAAGCGCCAUGGCUACUUAUUCUGCCACAUGUGCCAACAAUAGCCCUGCACAGGGUGUGAACAUGGCCAACAGCAUUGCCAACCUGAGACUGAAGGCCAAGGAAUAUAGUUUACAGAGGAACCAGGUGCCAACAGUCAACUGAGGAAAAACAAUAAUUAAACAGGCCUAAGAAGAAAUCAAAAACAAUAAGACACCUAUCCUGCUCUGUCAUUUCUUCUUCCGCUGGAAAAAAAGUAAAAACAAACAAACAAACAAACAAAACAGAACCAAAAUAUUGGGACCAUGGCAGAAAAAAGCAGGAGUGGAGCAAAAUGAAAAUUAGUUAAGAAAUGUUCCUCCUCCCUCUGGGAUAUCACAUCAUUUGUUUCUGUAUGUGUUUAUUUUGUUUUUCCUUCUAUUCAUGCAUUGCUUAAUAUACUCCAAGCUUCUUCAGUUAGGUUCAGCCCACUCAUCCCAUAAUUGUAUGAGAUUUUCAGAAAAUCUUCAGCAGCCAAAGAAAUUACAUAUAUAUUCAGAACAAAUACCUGUAGUCACCUCAUCAACCUGUUUGAACCCCAGUGCCUUACUCUGUCAUCUUCCAAGUUCUCUUUAGGAGCUUUUGAAAAGCCAAAGUCUGUUGAAGACUGUGUACCCAGUAUGAUUCCCCUUCUCAUUUCAAUGUCUGUUGGACAUGGUAAGGCUUUUCAUCAGCUACUGGAAAAAAAGAAUUGUGUAUAAUUUCUGGUCACUAGCUUGUUAAUCAAUGUGAUUGGCUGUGUCUGGCUAAUUCUAAGCUCUAGAUAUAAACUAUGGACUUAGGAUUUAAGCUAUAUAUUAUUAUAUCACCAUCAACACCACUCUAUAUCCUUAUCCAAUUGGCCAUCUUAAAUUAAAGAUACUUGUUAUCUUUAAACAAUUUGCUGUCACAGGCAACUUGAUAGAGGAAAUACUUUUCACUCAAGAGAGGGAGAGAAAUUUCUCUAGGAAGACAAAGACUGAAUUGUAAAAGGCAUGAGCUACAUCUUUUUGGUGCCUUAAGAGUAGUCAGAUGCACACUUAUAUAUAAAUACUGUAUAUAUUUAUAUAUUAUAUAUAUAAAAUAUUGCAAGCUUGAGAUUGCAGUUUCUCAAACACUACAAAAAGCAAAUUUCACUUCAUCACUACUAUCUUUAUCUCAACAGUGAUAAAAUGUUAAUUAGGUAUCUUGCUUCUUUUUUUAUUCUACACAAAAUUUUCAUUAAGGCCACAGAGCAAUUGGCAGGGCAGGUGUUUAAGAAUAGGUCUCAUUUUCACAUUGGGGCUUUAAAAUGAAUUAGAAAGUGUUAGAGACUAUAAAGGUGUCUCUGAAUUUGGAGCCUGAAUUCUAUUCUGAUCUAUCAUGGGAAUUACACUUAGGUGAGAGAAAGAUGUUUAGUCAUCUGCUCUGUCUUCACUCUACAGAAAUAUAAAAGGCAAAACAUAUGUUUAAGUGGAAUACACAAAGGUUUGUCUAAAUUCUCAAAAUUUUAAAGGCAAUUAUGAAAUUUUAUUUUUUAGUAUUUUGAAAUAAAGCUUAGCAUCUAGGGCUGGGAUUCAAAACAUAUAUUUCUUUGUUUCUAUCUCUUUGUUCCCAGACAUAUGUUUGUAACUUGCCAGGUGGACUUGACCAAACUACAUUACCAUGUGGUGCCUCAGUUUACCUAUUUAAAAAUGGGUUUGACAAUACUUACCUACCUCACAGGGGUGUUGUGAGGCUCUAUUCAUUGCUCCUUCAUUAUUUCCUGUGUUCUUGGUAUGUCUAGCAUUCUGUGGCCAUGGGAGGAAAGGAACUAUGAAAAUGUACAAUGUCAAUGAAAUCAUAUGGCACCCAGAUGCUUUGUUUCUUGCAAGGAAAUGCUACCUUGCUGUACAUACUUAUAACCUUGUAUUUGGAAAUGAGAUAUAGGUAUAUAUUUUCAGAUAUCUCAAAAAUCACAACAUUUGACCAAAGAAUAAUUUAAAACACACAGAAUAGACAUUUUUAACUUAUAUUCUUAGCCUGACCUACUUGGUUCUAAUAAUUUUAGUUACCAAUGAUUAAAAAGCUUUAGAUUGAUUUUAGCCAAAUGUACCAACUUUGUACUGAGUGAUGGGCAAGGAAUUUAGGGUGUAAAGUGCACUUUUAACACACAUUUGCAUUUCCCUUGGUAUAUCAGAUUGAGCUAAGGCUGGUAUUUUUUUUUCAGUCAAAAAGCCAUUUGAAAAUAUAUUUCAUGUGUUGAGUUUCUGUUUCUUCCAGUAGUGAGAAGGAAUCCCAUCUUAUGUAUUUUGCCUUCAACAAUUGAUUCCCUCUUCUUGUAACACACUAUUAAAAUGUUUCUUAGGAAUGGUUCAUGUAGGCUGGCUGAACAGCACACACUACUUGAUUCUGAGGAGUCUCUCAACUUAUUAUUUUGUCCCAUUUAAUUCCUUUGGACCAUUGGGUUUCAAAGGAACAGCAUGUCCUUACAAACUGAGGUGUUCUUUGAUUUGGAAGUGAAUCUAAUGCAAGAGACUGCUGACUUUGGGGGUGUGAAGUUGGAAGGGUGCAGCUCAAAGAGAAUUUGUAUCAUAGGAAAGGAACAGAAAUCACACCCAAAAAGGUUUUGCUAAGAAGGAGAUAAAGUUAGAAGACAAUCUUAGAAGGGGAGAAUCAUAGAGCUAGAGGAUCAUAUCAAAGUCCUUUGAAAUCUUUAUCCAUACAUCAACUUCCAUGGCCAAGAGAAAAGUCUGACCCCAUAAAUGUGAAUAGUAGGGGAAAUCACGGGGUUUUAUCCAGUGCCUUAGGUAAGAAGUGUCUGAGUAUUACACAGAAUAACCAGUGCUGAUCAGUCAUCUGAAUGUUCAUUGCUGGUUAACUAAUUCUACAAACAUCUAUUAUUUGAGCACUUGAUCAAAGAAUAUACAUAUAGUGGCAGCAAGCACUCAGUUUUGUUCUUUUAUUAUUGAUUUUUUUUAAAGUUCAACUUUGAUAUGUGAUUUGGAGGAAUAGCAUUCUGGCUCUUGAGCCAGCUGUCAGAGGAGAGUCUCAGUACCAUCAACUUUGGGGCACACUUCUGUUCCAUCAUUCACCCAGAUGCAAAUGAACAAUGUGAAUUAUCUGUGUCUCCAGGCCCUCCUAAAAGAAGAUGCUGAUUUGUAGGACACUUGGCAAUUAAGUUAAACCAGAAGAGGUGACCUAAUAAAAAAGGGAAUGACAUAAUGAUAUAAAGGUCUCAUAAGAAGUGUAAUAUGUAAAUUAUAUCUUGCUUUAUGAUGUAAAAUACAUUGUUUGCGCUAGAAUAGAAAUGAUUCCUUUUCAAUAAAAUGAAAGAAGGAUACUAUAA